UUAGAGGCACGAUCCAGGGAACGAACGAUACCUUGCGUGCAGAUGGGAACUUCAAUUGUGAGAAAGUAGAAUCCUGAAGAGGGCACAACCCAGGGACAGGGAGAGGAAAAUCCGAGGGAGAAAACCCACAAGCCCGGGUUUGCACCACCAAAUCACACCAACGCAGACCCUGGGAAGGUGGGGAAGAUGGAGGGCGGAGAGGCGCUGGUCGAUAACUUCCGUGCGAUCACAUCUUGCACGGAGGAGGAGGCCCUCUUCUUCCUGAAGAGCCACAACUGGCAGCUCGACUCCGCCAUCUCCUCCUACUACGAAGACCAACAACACCACUCUCCUCCUCUCUCUCCUUCCCCUUCACAGCAACCGACAUCGGCAGCAGCAGCAGCAGCACCUUCUUAUUCUUCUGCGUCGUCUCCUCCUCGCCUUCGUGCGACCCACAUGGCUUCCAGGGACUCCCAGAAGAAGAACACCGCCAAGGGCAAGUCCUCCACCUCCUCUUCUGGAAGGAUCCGUACCCUUUCUGAUCUGGGUCGCGCAUCUGGCUCCGCAUCCUCGGAUGAGAACGACGGGGACGCGCCGCAGGAGUAUUAUGCUGGUGGAGAGAAGAGUGGAAUGCUUGUCCAGGGUCCAACAAAAGGAAAUAGUGACGUGGAUGCAAUAUUUGAUCAAGCUAGACAAUUGGGUGCACUAGAAGGACCAGUUGAUCAGCUUCAGACAUCUUCUAGCUCAAAAAGUUUUACUGGUACUGCAAGGAUUUUAUCAGGAGAGACAGUGCAAGCUCCUCAGACUUCUCAGGAGCCUGAAUCCGUUGUCCACAAUAUUGUAUUUUGGAGUAAUGGAUUCACUGUAAAUGAUGGUCCUUUAAGAAGGUUGGAUGAUCCAGAGAAUGCACCCUUUUUGGAGAGUAUACGCAAGUCGGAGUGUCCUAAAGAGUUGGAACCUGCUAACAGGAGAACUGCUGUCCAUGUUAAUCUCAUUAGAAAGGAUGAAGAUUGCCCUGUCCAAGAGAAGCCUCAUGUACCUUUCCAGGGUGUGGGGAGAACACUUGGUAGUGCUUCUGGCUCCUCUGGAGCUCCUGAGCCUAGGGUGCCAUCAAGUGCCCAAUGUUCCAUAAGUGGCAUCUCAUCUCCAGGUCUGUCUGUUGAUCCGUCACUGCCAUCAACUGCAAUUCAGCUGAGACUUUCUGAUGGAACACGCAUGGUUGCACGAUUCAAUUAUCACCACACUGUUGGGGAUGUUCGCGCCUUCCUUGAUGCUGCAAGGCCAGGCAGUGCACGUUCAUAUCAGCUGCAGGUCAUGGGCUUCCCACCUAAGCUUUUAACUGAUUCUGCACAAACAAUAGAGCAGGCUGGCCUUGCCAAUUCUGUACUUGUUCAGAAGCCUUAGCUCUACUGCAAGAUCAAGAAUGCAGUUUGUCAUGCACGUUCAGCGUGUCCAACAUGAAAAAUGCCUUCCAUAUGACGGCUAAGUUUGUUUUUCUUUUCGAUGGCGGAUUUGGAAUGGGGUAUUAUGGUGAACCGUUGCUUGGCGCCUACAAAGGACUAAACUCGUUUAUUUUUGUUUUGUACUUUGUUGUCGAGCAAAUUUUGUCGACAUGACGAAGUGGAAACGAACAUGAAUUAACCAUACAUGCUUUAUUAAUUUUAGAAAAAGAGGGCUUUUAUGACGUUCUCAUCA